AGUGGAGGGUUAAAGGCCGGAACAAGAUGGCGGAAGACAGGAAGUGGAGGUCAGAAGACAGGAAGUGGAGGGUUAAGGGCCGGAACAAGAUGGCGGAAGACAGGAAGUGGAGGAGUAAGGACAGGAAGUGGAAGGGAGUGGACAGGAAGAAGAUGGCGGAAGACAGGAAGUGGAAGGAAGAGAACAGGAAGUGGAGGGUUAAAGGCCGGAACAAGAUGGCGGAAGACAGGAAGUGGAGGUCAGAAGACAGGAAGUGGAGGGAAGAGGACAGGAAGUGGGGGGUUAAGGGCUGGAACAAGAUGGCGGAAGACAGGAAGUGGAGGAGUAAGGACAGGAAGUGGAAGGGAGAGGACAGGAAGAAGAUGGCGGAAGACAGGAAGUGGAGGUCAGGUGACAGGAAGUGGAGGGUUAAGGGCCGGAACAAGAUGGCGGAAGACAGGAAGUGGAGGGGAGAGAACAGGAAGAAGAUGGCGGAAGACAGGAAGUGGAGGUCAGAAGACAGGAAGUGGAGGUCAGAGGACAGGAAGUGGAGGGUUAAGGGCUGAAACAAGAUGGCGGAAAACAGGAAGAAGAGAUUUAAAGGGACACGCACGCA